ACAAGAGAAGCAAAGGAAAAAAAAGUGUCCCUCUCUUUCUCUUGGACUGAUUCCCUUGAAUCGCAUCUAUCUCUUCCUCCUACUACUACUUGUCCAAAGCAAGCAAAGUAGGUGAAAACAAGAAAGAAAGAAAAGCAACAACAACAUCAACAAUGGUGGUGAUGGUGGCUGGCUUUGGUGGCCUCUUUCUCAACAGACACAUGACAUGAUUAUUAUUUGUUCCAUUUUCUUCUGAUUGAUUCCUUUUCUUUCUUCUAUCUAACCAUCUCAUUUAUAUUUUUUUUGUAUUUGUUUUGUUUGGUCCACCCUCAUAUUGAAGACUCCGCCACACACAUUGGGGCAUCUUUUCCUCUCUCUCUCUCUGUCUUUCCUUCAUUCUUCUUAUGCGUUUGUGAUUAUUCACCUCCUCCCCUUUUAAUUCCUUCAUCUAUUUCCCACCUUGCUACCAAUACCAAUACUUCUCUUCUCCCUCACACCUUUCUUUAUUUCUCUUGCUUGCCCCUUCAUUUUCUCUUAUCAAAUUUAUAACCAAACUCAACAACACCACUCUCUCCCUUAACCUUCUCCAUUCCCUAUUGCUAUUGGUUUAUUAUCUAUAUCUAUGAUGGCUGUUCAUGCUCAAUACCCAUCCAAUGUACUCCUUCUAAACAGCAAGAAGGGGCAAGAAGGACAUGAUUGUUCAUUGCAACCACAACCAGGAGGAUUCAUUGAACAAUCCCAAAUGCUAUUCAACAAUGGAGGUACUAAUCCUCUGAAGAGAGGAAGAGAAGCAACAACAACAACCAACAUUGGCACUGGGCAUAAAUCAUCCCCUUAUAACAUCAAUCAAUCUUCCCAAUUCAUAGACCUCACUCAACUCCAUAAUCAGCCACAACAAAAUGUAGUCUCCACAGGAUUACACUUAUCAUUUGGUGAUCAGCAACAACAACAGAAACAGCAAUUUCACAACCAUCAUCAUCAACAGCAACAACAACAACACCUAUCUCUGUUUUUCCAAGGCUUAUCCUCACAAAUCAAACAACAAUCAGAUGAAAUCAACCAAUUACUUCAAACACAGGAGGAACAAUUACGGCGGGGAUUAGCAGAGAAGAGGCAGAGACAUUAUCGCUCACUAUUGAUUGCGGCGGAGGAAUCCGUCUCACACCGGCUGAGAGAGAAGGAAGCCGAGAUGGAGAAAGCGAAACGCAGGAACGCAGAGUUAGAAGCGCGCGCAGCGCAGCUUAGCAUGGAGUCGCAGCUAUGGCAGGCGAAGGCGAAGGAGCAGGAAGCCACGGCGGCGUCAUUGCAGGCGCAACUGCAGCGCGCUAUCAUGAGCGGCGGAGACGGUGGGUUAUCGGAGGAUGCUGAAUCGGCGUAUGUUGACCCGGAGCGCGUGGUGGAGGUGGGUCCUACUCGUGAAUGUAAGGGUUGUUGGAAGAGAGUGGCUUCGGUGGUGGUGUUGCCGUGUCGCCAUCUAUGCGUCUGCACAGAAUGCGACGCACAAUUCCGGGCAUGUCCCGUUUGCCUCACACUGAAAAAUUCAAGCGUUCAAGUUUAUCUAUCUUAGUGCCAAUUCACGUGCAUAUCUAUGAGAAUGGUGGGAACUGGGAAGGUUGGAAUUGAGUUGGGUAAAGUGACCCAAGAUGAUGUUUUUUUCAAGACAAAUUUAUAUUCAGCCAUAGAUUAGAGAGAGUUAAUUAUUUCUGAAUUAGAUAGGUGAUGUACAAGGCCAUAAGAAUAGUGGCAUUUUUCUUUUUGUUUGAUGGGUGUUCUUUCUUUCUCUCUUUUGGAAAUUCUAUUAAAUUGAUAUUUAAGAUA